AUGCCUUAUAUUCCUAGAAAGAGUAAGGCGAAACCAAACUACGCCGCCGCACACGCGGUACAUUUGCGCUCGCUAGAGCAUGAGCGAAGAUGCUCGGCCCGAAGACUCAUCGGCACCUGUAAAAGGGCAGAUCUAAUGUAUGCAGCCGAGCAGAGAUCGCGAAAUGAGAAAGAAAGACGUGCGGCAACUGCUGCUGCUGUCAAAGAGGCGAGGACAGAGCGUCGGGCUGCAGCCAAAGUUGAGGCCGAGGCCGAGGCCAUAAGAUUGUUGGCCAAUGAUGCAGCUCGCCUUGCGCAACAAUUUUGGGCUAUGCGAUUGGCUGCACGGGAGUUUGAGGGGGCUGAUUUGGGUGAGGAUGGAGAUGGUGAUGAAGAUGAAGAGGACGAUUAUGAAGAAGAAGAUGAGGAUGAUGUUAAGGAGAAGAUAUUUUCUUGGUAUGGGCUGCGUAGGAGGGAUGGUGGUGAUGAGAAUGGUAGUGGUAGUGGUAGGGGUAAGGGGAAAAUGGGCGGAAGCGGUCAGGGUGUGGCUCAGGCCAUAAUGGUUAGCCAGGACUGA